GCCUUGGUUGCACGCGAAUAUACAAUGUCAACAAUAGGUGCUCUCUUAAUUUAAGUAGAUCUUUUUAGGAUAUUUUGAUAUGUCCUAAAGAAUUUCAUUUGAAAAAAUUAGCUCAGACUGUACCGGAAGAAAGUGUUAAAUCACACAGCAUAUAAAUGAGGUCAUUUUAUGGACUCUUCCCUUACAAGUCCAGGAUGAUUGGUCUUGAAGCUCUGGCAGACCCAUCGGAUGACUGGGAAAUUAUAGAGACUAUUGGGAAAGGUACCUAUGGUAAAGUCUACAAGGUAAAUAGCAAGAAAGAUGGAAGCCACGCUGCUGUAAAGGUUUUGGACCCUAUAAAUGAUGUUGACGAGGAGAUUGAAGCAGAGUAUACCAUCCUGCAGUCCCUUUCCAAUCAUCCAAAUGUUGUCAAAUAUUAUGGGAUGUUCUACAAGGCUGAUGAUCUAUCUGGAGGUCAACUUUGGUUGGUUUUGGAGCUAUGUAAUGGGGGUUCUGUCACCGAUCUCAUCACAGGACUGCUCAAGCGUGGCCAACGGUUGGAUGAAGCUGUAAUCUCAUACAUCUUAUAUGGGGCUCUCUUGGGUCUUCAGCAUUUGCACAGUAACAGAAUCAUUCAUCGUGACGUCAAGGGGAACAACAUUCUUCUGACAACAGAAGGAGGAGUCAAGCUCGUUGACUUUGGUGUCUCAGCUCAACUCACAAGUGCUCGGUUACGAAGAAAUACAUCUGUUGGGACUCCAUUCUGGAUGGCACCUGAGGUCAUUGCUUGUGAGCAACAGUAUGAUUCUUCGUAUGAUGCUCGCUGUGACGUAUGGUCACUUGGAAUUACAGCUAUUGAACUAGGUGAUGGAGAACCCCCCUUAUCUGAAAUGCAUCCUGUGAAAGCUCUAUUCAAGAUCCCACAAAACCCAUCUCCUACCUUACGUAAUCCAGAGCAGUGGUGCAGAGGAUUCAGUCACUUCAUCUCACAGUGUUUGAUCAAGGACUUUGAAAGGCGGCCUUCGGUUACACACCUCUUGGAGAAUCCCUUCAUUAAACAGACCCAUAGUAAAGUCAUGACUCUCCAAAAUCAGCUGGCCAGACUCAUCCAGGAACAACAAGAGUCAGGCUGUAUAUCCAAAACCAAGCAUGCACAAAUCAAUACUAGAAAAACGCAAGAAAAUGCAGUGGAAAGCUGUCCAGACGAUGACUUGGUCAACCUCGAAAUUUUAGAUGAGGAAACUCUCAUAGCUCAUCUGCAGAAGCGGUAUGCAGCCCUUCAGAUUUACACAUAUGUUGGAGACAUUCUGAUUGCUUUAAACCCUUUUCAGAAUCUUAACAUCUACUCACCACAGUUUUCUAAGCUGUACCAUGGAGUAAGGCGAUCAUCAAAUCCUCCACAUAUCUUUGCAACGGCAGAUGCUGCUUACCAAGGAAUGGUAACUUUCAGCAAAGACCAGUGUAUCAUCAUAAGUGGAGAAAGUGGAGCGGGAAAGACAGAAAACGCACAUUUGAUUGUUCAACAUUUGACCUUCUUAGGAAAGGCAAACAAUCGUACAUUACGAGAGAAAAUUCUCCAGGUCAAUCCUCUGGUUGAGGCCUUUGGCAAUGCCUGCACUGCUAUAAACGACAACUCAAGUCGGUUUGGGAAGUAUCUAGAGAUGAAGUUCACGCCAACUGGGGCAGUGAUGGGAGCCAAGAUUUCCGAGUAUCUGCUGGAAAAGUCCAGAGUAAUAAAACAAGCUACAGCAGAGAAAAGUUUCCACAUAUUUUAUUAUAUGUAUGCUGGUCUUUAUCAUCAGAAACAACUGGCAGAAUACAGGCUAUCGGAGAACAACCCUCCGAGAUACAUCGACAAUGAAAAUGGUAAAGUGAUGCAGGAUAUCAUCUCCAACAAUUCAUACAAGGAUCAGUCUGAAGCCAUCCAGCAUUGUUUCAGAAUCAUUGGGUUCACUGAGGAGGAAGUAAAUUCUGUGUAUAGAAUUCUUUCUGCCAUCUUAAAUACUGGAAACAUUGAAUUUGCAGCUAUUACUUCUCAACACCAGACAGAUAAAAGUGAAGUUCCUAAUGCUGAAGCCUUAGAAAAUGCUGCCUCCCUCCUCAGUAUUGGUGCAGACGAGCUUCAGGAGGCCCUGACCUCACAAUGUGUGGUGACUCGAGGAGAGACCAUCAUCCGCACCAACACUGUGGACAAGGCUGCAGACGUGCGAGAUGCCAUGUCCAAGGCCCUGUAUGGGAGGCUUUUCAGCUGGAUAGUAAACCGCAUAAAUACCCUGCUGCAGCCUGAUAAAAAUAUAUGUGUUGCAGAGAGUGGAAUGAAUGUUGGCAUACUAGACAUCUUUGGAUUUGAGAAUUUCAAGAAGAAUUCAUUUGAGCAGCUCUGCAUUAACAUUGCCAAUGAACAGAUCCAGUUCUACUUCAACCAACACAUCUUUGCUCUGGAGCAGAUUGAAUACCAGAAUGAGGAAAUUAACGCCAAUCUGGUGGAGUAUGAAGACAACCGACCAAUCUUAGAUAUGUUUCUUCAGAAACCCAUGGGACUUCUGUCUCUACUGGAUGAAGAAAGUCGCUUUCCACAGGCGACUGACCAGACUUUAGUAGAUAAAUGUGAGGUCAAUCUACGUUAUAAGUACUUUUGGAGACCAAAACGUGUGGAGCUUUGUUUUGGAAUUCAACAUUAUGCGGGAAAGGUUUUGUACAAUGCUUAUGGAUUCUUGGAGAAGAACCGAGACACUCUCCCAGCUGAUAUCAUGGUUGUCUUGAGAACGUCCGAGAAUAAACUGCUGCAGCAGCUCUUUUCUAGCCCUCUGACAAAAACAGGUAAUUUGGCAGCGUCAAGAGUAAUAGUAACUGCAGCAUCUCGGUCGCUACCUCCGCAGCUCAGUGCAGGACGCUACAAGGUGGACACUAUGGAAGUCAUGCAGCAUCCAGAGGAAAGCUCUAACAUGCGGAGACAGACCGUUGCCUCCUAUUUCAGGUAUUCCCUCAUGGAUCUCCUGUCUAAGAUGGUGGUUGGACAGCCUCACUUUGUUCGCUGUAUAAAACCCAACGAUGAUCGACAGGCGUUGACAUUUUCCAGGGAAAGAGUGCUGGUGCAGCUGCGUUACACCGGCAUAUUGGAAACAGUGAGCAUCCGGAGACAAGGGUAUUCCCAUCGCAUCCCGUUUAAAGAAUUUGUUAAAAGGUAUUUCUACCUUGCCUUUAGGGCACACCAGAUGCCUGCAACAACCAAGGAAAACUGUAUUGCCAUUCUGGAGAAAGCAAGACUAGACAAAUGGGUGCUUGGAAAAACAAAGGUCUUUCUAAAGUAUUACCAUAUUGAACAGCUGAAUUUAUUGCUCAGAGAAGUCAUCGGCAGGGUUGUUGUGAUGCAAGCGUACACAAAAGGUUGGCUUGGGGCUAGAAGAUACAGGAGACUGAAAGAGAAAAGAACAUGCUGUGCCAUCAUCAUUCAGUCAGUCUGGAGAGGAUUUGUUGCUCGUCAAAUUCUCAAGCAGCUGAAAAGAGAAAGAGAAGAGGCUGCCAUUUGCAUACAAGCAGCUAUGAGGGGACACCUUGCUCGGAAAAACUAUGAGCUACUGAAGCAAAGUAAUAACACACCAGUGAGUUCACAGUGCUUGGACUGUACCAGUGAAGCCAGUAUUGAAUAUGUUUGCCCUGACACCCUUAACAGAACCAAUUCAAUAGCUGACUGUCACAGCAGGCAACUAGAAAAGGAACCCCCUGAGAACACAGAACAACAGGUUCAAGUACACAGCCAAAACAGAAGAAAAACUGAAGAGACUCUAAUGGUUUAUGAAGAGAUACAUAAUCCACAGUUGAAACAAGGUCCAGAGAAGAAGCCAGCAGAACAGAAGCAGCAGAGAACACCUCGACGACGCCGCCAGCAGCCCAAACUGCUCAACAGCCCCGAGGACAAUAUAUACUAUAACCAGCUAAAUAGAACUCAGGGGAGCAAGAGGAAGCCGAGAAAACUUGGCCAAAUCAAAGUACUGGAUGGAGAAGAUGAGUACUACAAAUUAUUUUCAGCUGUUGAAUCUAUCCCUGAGGAAGGCAGUUCAUCCAACCCUCCUCCCACUCUUUCAAGUGGGCCAGUGUUAGCUCAAAGCUGAGCCUUACUGUGAAACAUUAAGUUUAUAUGACAGCCAAGCUAUUUAUACUCAUGCAGAGAGCUGAAACCCCGACUGCUUGGAGAUCUCACACCCUGCAAUCCCUUCAAUAAACGAUUAGGAGGAGACUGUUAUUGCACAACGAGUCUCCAUAGACAAUCCAAAAGAUAAGCCAAAGAUGUCAAUCUAAAAAAAAAAAAAAUGUAAUACAUUUGUAUAUAUUAAUUGAGUAAUAAACACAGUUUUAAAAUCUAUUUCCAUCUUUAUAAACGCGAUUAAGAUUUUUAAACUUUUUUUAGAUCUAUUAUCUAUUAGAUUGAAACCGGUUGCUGCUGCUGCAGAAUGGUUUUAGAUUUGUAAAUUAGUUUAGGUGCAGCCCCUUUGCACUGAAAAUUGAUAUUAACAAUAGAGGUUAAGUUGUUUUCUUUUUAGACUUUCCUCAAGCACCUGUCACAACCAGAAGGAAAGCACAAAAGAUCGUAAUGAGUGGAACGUAGCUGGAGGGAGCGCAGUAAUAGAAUCCUUGUGCCCCAGGAAUUGUCAGAUACUGACACAUGGCAGCACAGGUGUUCUCAGCUUCCAUCAGAUAGAAAGCAUGGUGGUAUUAACACAGGUGUAGCAUGAAACAGGUUAUGCAUUAUGCUUUGUGACAGAGAUUUUGCUGCCACUGUUAUCGGAAUCAUUUGCUGUACUAAAACUACUUUUAUUUUUUAAACUGUAAAGACAUUUUGAAGAUCAGUAUGAUCUAAAAGCAAAAAAUGUACUGCCACCUGUACUGAUUUGUUGAAAAAUCUUAAAUAAAGCAUACAAUGAGAAGUAGCAGUGCACACAGUCACCAGGCUAUGAAGCUUUGUGGUAAAAUGGCAGUGUACCUCCAGCAUUCUUCCUUAUGCAUGGUAUAGCAACUAGCCAUAACCAUGGAUUGACCAUAUAAAUGUUCAACCUCCAAAAGGUCAACAAGGGUCACGCAGAAAGACAAGUUUAGCAAAUUCACUCCAAAGUGGGUUAUUACAGUACCCUGGUGUGCAUUUUACAGUACACUGAAUGUAUAUAAUGUGAACAAAUUCCCUUAGUGUUUAGUGUGCCAUCCACCCAAAAUCUAAUAAUGCUAUAGGUUUAACAGAGGCCAGAGUGGCUUCUGUUGUAGCAUAAGAGAAAUAACUCAACACAGCAGACCAGUAUACUUAUCUAAUGUAUAUAUAUAUCUAUUCCUAUUUUGAUUUAUUCAUUUAAGUAUUUAAUUAUUUAUCCUAGUUUCUGUUGAAAUAGUUUAACACAUACAACAUAAACAUGAACUUCUAUAUUCUGUUCUAAAAUCAGUAUGUCAAGUAGAGACCAAAAUGACAUAUGUAGCCACUAAGGGGAUACAGACAUUGAGUUUAUAGAGGGGGUUCAUCAUACCAGUAAGAAAGCUAUUAUUAGUAAAAGAGCUAAAACUUUCCUGUUCUUAUGACAUGAAAAGAUAUCAGAGGAAAUCAAUUGCAAACCAUGUAGGGUUUUGCUUCAAUACCUUUUGCGAAGUAAACGAACAACCCUGUAAUUGUCUACUUAGAGGGAACACCUGUGAGAGAGCUCCAUUGAACGGGUUUGCCUGUGAGGCUUGGCCACUUGGAACACAGAGAAAAGAGUAAAUAUCUCAAACGUUUCAAUGAACUACAAACAAAGGGGGGGUUUGAAACAAACUUGUUUGAGUUGACUGGAGCUGGGAAUACUGCAAGCCACCUGUUUUUUAUACUUCUUAAUAAAUCUGGUCCCUCAAGUUUUCCACAUUAAAACUCUAUUUGCAUCUGGCACAGGAGAAAUCAUUUAAUGUGGUUCACAUUAAUCAUCCAAAUAUUCUCUUUCUUUUCAUUUGUAUUUGUUCAGUUUAACCAUUUGUGCCAAGAAAUACAAUUUAAUUAAAUUAAGUCAUGGUAUGUGUGGUAAUAUCUCAUACCUAAAGGUAUGUUGUGGUGCCUGAGUUUCACAUGCCAUCACAGCUCUGUGGUUUUUAAUGGUGUAAGCUGUGUUUGAUAGUUUUAUACAAUGCUAUUGGACUUCAAAGAGCUUAUAAAUCAAAAUUAUAUUAUCUUGUGUACUGUUUUACUGCUAUCAAAUGCAAGAUUGAAGACUGCUGUUACAAAAGCAUUGGCAGUAUGACCCGAAUGUAGACACGGCUCUUCGUAAAUUGUUUGAAAUUAUAGCCUAGCAUUUUUUAAAUUUGUUUAAUUAUGUAAGCAGGAGUUGUACAAAAAAAAGGAACCCUUGCCUUUUAUAAGUUACAGGAUACAUGUCAAGUGAGGUAUGAUAUAACAAAUUAAUCAGCCCUGAAGAAGAGCAGACCAUUUAUAUAAGAAUGUAUACUAGGUGUGUGCAGCAUUUCUAAUCUUUUGUUCAGCCUCUAUAUUGAAGCAUGGUAUUUCUAUAUGUAGGGUUUAACUUGACUGACUACAUUUAUUAUUACAAAAUUGCUAUUUCUCGAAACAUAAUUUGGUAGAACCAAAGUUGCUGUGCUUACCCAUUAAUUUGUCUUCAUUAUCUAUUUUAUGUUCAGCCUUUACUGUUCAUCUGGCUGAUAGCAAGUAGCGGAUGUUUUAAUAACUUCACAGGACUUACAUUAUGUGCUGUUUUUACUAUACUAAUGAUUGAUGCUAAUGAAACUGAUGAGCAUAAACCCCAAACAGAUGUCAGGCAUAGGAGGUGGUUUGCAAAAAAAAUACAUAUUCACCAAAGCCCUGGUUAAUAAAAAAAAAAAAAAAGGCGGUUGAGAUAAGCAAAAAAGAUAAAAGAUCGUGUUGAAUGUGAACAUCAAAGGCUUGUUAAUGACAGGAGAUGCCAUUAGGGUUAGGAUCUCUUUUGUUUCAGAUUCCUCACACCUGCAAUUUGUUGCAGACGAAGGCUUUCUUCGCUUAAUUCAAUUGCUGCAAUUUGCAUUAACACAAAGUCAUAGUAAAAAGAGGAUAAAAGCUUGAGAACUUUAAAUAAGUGUACCCUUUAUUACAAAGUUUCUUUCUUUUUCUCAGGCCAUCUUGUUAAUAGAUUGAAUGUUCACUCCUGCAUUAUUUAUUAUAGUUCAUUAAAACUGAGUUACCUGUAGCAUAUUUUUUUGUUGUAGCAGUGAUGGCUAUUGCUGGAUCUGCUGAACAGAAUUGUGUUGGGUAAUGGGGAUAGGAAGAGCAUAUGGAAGAAGUUAGGUUGUUUUUGGCAACCAUAGAAGUUUGACAAAAAUCAGAGCGUGAAAUUCCGAUUAGCCCUUCACAGGCGGUGAAUGGAAGGGGUGCUAAAAGACUUGGCAUGGCUAAAGGUGUAACCUGUUUUGUUUGGCCCCAGAAUUUUUUACACAGAUGGUGGGACCAGCUGCCAUUUAAUAAACACUGGGUUAGUAACAGUGUGAGAAGUGGUGGGGUCUAGUUUUAGGUCAGGCAACAAAACAUGGAAAUCUGUCUUUUAACAUUUGCCAGGAGGCAAAUUAAAAUAUCACCCACCGGUUUAAAAAUAACCGAGUACUGUGGUAGAAAAAACAUGCAAAUGAGAAAUUGUAUUUUAUUAUUCACAGAAAUGAUGAUAAAGUACAGGUGUAGCCACCCAAAAUUAAAACAAGAGCAAUGGGGUUUUUUUUUAGUUUUUUUUUUUACUGUCAUCAAGGCUGCUUUCCAGUUAACAUGGGUUCAUAGAUGUCAACUGUUUAUUAUUACUCUUAUCCUAGAGCAUUGUGACAAAUUUGAUGACAAGUAUCACCCUUGCUUCCCAGUAAGAAACAAUAGGCAUUAAUGUUGCUAUUUAUGGUCUGGCGGUCUGUCGGGCAUUUGUUUGUUCUUCAAGUUAUAUGCUGUACUGUAUAAGAAUUAUAGUAUUAGCUCCUGCAGGGAUGCACAUCUCUGGUGAUGUCUAUAAGUAUGUUGCAUCUUCAGAGCCUUUCAAUUGUAAUGAAACUUGUUCUGGGUGAGGGUGUCAGAAUCUAGGUCAUGGUGACAUACUUUUGUUAUGGCCUGAUUGAUCUUUUGUUAUGGCCUGAUUGAUCUGGCCAGUGAUGGCCACAUACAUUGUAUCUCCAGAAUCGCUCGCUCAGUUUUGAUGCUUCUAUCCCACAUACUGUGAAAGAGCUGUAGGACAUUUUUUUUACAGACAGUAGCAUGUUUUUUUAUGAUCUAAACAGUGGUAGAGCUUAAUACUGCCAAUGUUAAAUUUAGAAACCUGCUCUUUCACUGACCUCAUUCUGCUGUAUUUGUAUUGUCUUGAGUGAUUAUAAAAGGGACCAGUUUGUCACCCAUUGGAAAACACCAGCAUGAUUGAUACAAAGUUAAAAGGUGACAGUUAUUUAGGUUUUCUGCUGUUCAGAUCAUUAAAAUAGACACCUGUACUUUGAGAAACCAUUCAGUUUGUUUUGAGAUGCUAUUCUACAUAAUUGACAAGGGAAUCAGGCCUUUUGUUAUUAUUACUAUUAUUGUUGUUGUUGUUGUUGUUGUUGUUGUUGUUGUUAUUACUCCGAUAAACAUAUACUAGGUUGGUAGUAGUUGACAUUUGUGUAUUUUUGUAACAUUGCAUGGAAACAUUGCUAUUUCCAGAUAGAAAGUUAUUUGGUUAUCGAUAUCCUGCUGAGGCUAAUUAUAGUGCAGAAGCUAUGAGAAAUGAGCAAACCAGCAAAACCCUUAUAUUAUUCUAAAAUACAUAGGCCCUUACCGUGUAUUUCUCUACCAACCACACAAUCAAUAUAAAGUGCAAAGUCAAAGUUAAUAAGCAAGGCCAUUUAAAAUAUUCCUUAGUGAAAUGAAUGGUGGGCCUCAGUGUCAGAAUCCCAUGUCCUGUUUGGUGGUACACAAUUGUUCUCCUUUUCUGCAUCUAUUUGAUAUCCUGCUGGGCAACAACCCUUUGAUUUGACAAGGGCUUUGUUCCACCCGAAGACCUAUUACAUGGCGAGGGGGAUCUUUUGUCCCUGAUGAGUAACAACAGCAAACAGAAAGACAUUUAAACUUUAAAGAAAGGAGGUUUGUAUUGUCUUUAUUAAAGCUUUACUUCAAAAACAAUAUGUUCAAAGAUGUCAUCAUCACAUAUACUAAUAUUGUGCAUUGAAAACUAUGUUUUUUGAGGUAUUGCGAAGCCAAGUUAAAACCUUCUUUCGAGGUGCCUCAGUACAUGGCUGGUGUUCAGCUCUGUAUAAUACUGCCCCAAGGGUCUCUGGAUUCUCAGAUUUCUCUAAAUAAAAGUACUUAUGAAUGUUUCUCGAUAACACUGGAACUGUGUUCAGAUGGCUUGUAUAAUAAUAACCUCUGCAGUCCGUUUUGCAAUUUAAAUACAAAUUGGGAUUAUAAAUCUUGCACAGCUUUUUUUUUAUGACUAAAGUAACGUACUCUGUUAAAAAGUGAAUAAUACAAAAAGUAUUGUGAUAUUUUGUAUUGUUUUAUUUCACAGAACUCUGAAGUUGUUUAGUUUCCUUCUCAUCUUACAUCAAUGGGCAGGCUGUGACCCACACAAUUAUUAGGGCAACACACAAACAAGCCUUUAAAGGCUAAACUACCACACACAGUGUGCAGUGGGCUGAGGUGUAAUGACCUAUCCCUCCUCGCUUGGCCCCAGGGCAGCAGGCACAGUGGCUUGGGCUAGCUCUUAAAUAUGCAGGCUCGAUAGGCCUCAAAGGUAAAGCUGUAGUAUCAAGUUGCAGAGAAAAUCUUGAAAAUUAGAGAGACCAAAGUUAGAUCUCUUCCAUGUUGGGGGCUGUGAACAAUGGCAGCUUUCUCCUGGAGUGCAACUUCAAAGGUCCACUGAAUGACUGCUCUGAGUAAUACUUUGUUGUAGAUCACUAAGGAAAUUCACAGAUGUUGUUCUCAUGCUAGACACCAUUAUAGCAGUUCAAGUACCCAGUAGCCUCAAGCACCUUUUACUGAGCAGAAACUAGUGCAAGACAGAUGUGGGACCUGGGUAGUGCAUCUGAAGAGCCUCUCAUUUAGUGUAGGGACUAGAAUUUUAAAGUAAGGUGCUGCUUUUCAGAUAACCCUUUUAUUGCUUGCAGUAAUAACUAGCCCAGGGUACUCGUGUUUUUAAACGUUUAAUGACCACCUUUUAAAAUAAGCGCCUGUUUCAUGAUGAAUGAAUCUUUAUUAAGGGUUUAAUAAGUAAAUGCUGAAUGUGUCAUGGGUAGAGGUUUACUCCAGUAGGGUAUCACAGGGAACGAUUUUAAUUAUCUAAACAGCAGAAGAUGAAAAUGUAACUGACGUUUUCCCCAAGGAGGAUUUACUGAUGAAUACAAUAAAAGAAAAAUAUGCCAGAAAUGGUCUCUAUGUUAUGGGCUUUUUUUCAAAUGUAUGUUCGGCGAUUUAUAAUAUUUAAAAAGAUCCACCCCCAUGUGUUAGUAACAAAUAUUGUUCUUCUUACCUAUGUAUUCAGUUAUUAUGUGUUCUGUGGCCCGCCCAUAAAUACAGUAAAUAUUUGCAUGUCUAAAUAUGCAAGUAUUGUAGAUUUUGAUUGCUUAACAUUAGUCACAAAUUCUUAUUGAUUUACAUCUGCAACCAAAAGCUCAUUAAACGUUAUUUGUAACCACCAAAGAGCACUGAUUUGAUCCACUACUGUAUCACAGGCUAAACUGCAUGCCGAUGUAUGUGGCAUGCCAUUUGAGAACAUACAGUACAUGGUGUGCAUUGUUCUUAUGUUUUGACACUGUCCAGUAUUUUAUCAGUGGAUGAAGGUUUGUGUGACAUGUUGAUUGUAUUUCCUUUACCAGGUUGCCUUUCAACGCCCAGCCAAGAACUGCAGAUACAGUGACCGCUGUCUCUUCAACAAUGUUCUGAACACUGAAUGUUUGUUUUAAAUGCGUUUUUUUUUUUGUACAAGAAAAAAAAAAGUUAAAGUUAAACUGAAAAUAUAUUUUCUGCACAAUUCAAAAUAAUAAUUUUGCUUUUAUUUAGAAUAGUAUUUCAAAACAACAAUACAUUGUGUGGAAAAAUCUGGCAGUAAUUUGUGAUACCAAUCAAAUGAAGUUAUUCAGUUCCAAAGAUAUUGUAACAACUCACUUUCAAAUACUUGAAUGACAUUGACCUGUGAAAUACAUCAAGCCCAUACAGGUUCAUUUACUUUUAUUUGUUGAGUUUUAAAUUAUCAUACCAAAAAAAAAGUUUAAUCUAAUGCCUUUGCUUGUUGUGUUUGUCUGUGUUUCAAAGGACACUUCUCUAAUAGGUUUACCUUAUGUGCCACAAAGAAAGCUAUUUAAAAACCUGUAAGGAUUGGUGAACACAAGAAGUCACAGCCUAUCAGAAAGGUAAAGAUGGGUGCUGAGGAUAUUGCUGUGGCAAACAUUGUAAAGCAUUGGUCUGAUUACAGCAACAAAUGUAUUUAUUAUUGUGCUUGGGACACAGGUCAUUGGGUUUAUUGCAUAUUCAUUCUCUGUGUUUUUCUUUAGCUUUUUAGACAUAGUUUUAAAUUGUGUGUGUGUUUACUAUACUGCAAAACUGCAAAAAUAGCAUUUUUGUCAUCUGCAAAUGUGAAGUGUUAAGACUUUUUAAUAUAAACUCUGUUUCAUAUAUUGAUUUUAAAACUGAUUAUACAGUUUGUAAACUGUCUACUGAAUGUGGGGCCUGUUGCUAAUGUGGAUAAGCUGUAGUGUAAUAUCCUAUGAUUUUAUUUGUAAUUAGAAUGUUUGUAAACGCUGAUCAACUUUUUUUUUUCUUGGUUGCUCACCAAGUGAGUAAAAAAUAAAUAAUAUUUACUCAGAACAUUUUUGUUGUCAUGUUUAUAUCAGCAACAUAGGCCUAUUUUUGGUUAGUUUUGUAAAGCUUGAUAACAAUGACAUUUUCUUAAACAAUUAAUGGAUCUAGCCCAAUGAAAUGGUUUAAACCAUUCAUAUUGAUUCAUUUUUUUAUCCUUAUGGUUCUGCACCAAGUAAGUACUCUGAUGUGAUCCAGUAACGCCUGAACCAAAUUACAAAACUAUAUCGAGGUGGAUUCAUUACAUUUUAGCAAUGCUGUAUGACCUGCAUUUUCUGUUCUAUGGGAAUAUUCAAACACACAUUUCAGACAUUUGAGGAAAUAUCCACAUGAUACAGCAAAGAAAAACAUAGGAAAAACUAUUAACACCCAUUAAGCCUUUCAAAACCCAGAUAAACCACACCUCCUGAAAGAUUGAAUGUUGCAACAGGACACAUAGAUAACAAGGGAGCUGUAUUUUUUUAUUAAUAAAUUCACCCAAAAGAUAUAUGACUUUGCAUUAAACCAAUC